GCCUAUAAGGAGGUGCCCAGCGAGCGGCUGGUGCUUCCCACCCAGCCGCCGCUCGCAAGGUGAAUCGCCGCGGCGGCAUCAGGGCAGUGGGCUCGGCUCGGGCACUGCGUCCGGAGAGGCUCCUCCAAGGGCUGCGAAGAGUCCCCCUGCCGGCCCCGGCUUCCCUUCACCCGGAGUGCUUGGAUGCUGUAUGGAGUAAAUGAGCGGAGGCAGAGCGAGCGCACAGAGGCUGAGAGGCGCUCGGAGACCGGGACCAGGGGAGACAGGCGGGCGGCUGGCUUCCCCCUCCGGGGCUGAAGAUGGAUUCCCGAGCCCUCGGGGGCUUCACUCUGCUGCUCUUCACUUUAUGGCAUCUGGGAUUAACUGCUACAAAUUAUAAUUGUGAUGAUGCAUUGGUAUCUCCCUUACCUUCAGCUGCCCUUACCAGUUCCUCUGAGCUCUUCAGUACCCACAGUCCCAGCUUUGCAAAACUCAACAGGAGAGAUGGAGCUGGUGGCUGGUCCCCACUGGAGUCCAGCGAGCAGCAGUGGCUGCAGGUUGACCUGGGGGACAGAGUGGAGAUCGUGGCCGUGGCCACCCAGGGCCGGUACGGGAGCUCGGACUGGGUGACCAGCUACGCGCUGAUGUUCAGCGACACCGGCCGCAACUGGAGGCAGUACAGGCAGGACGACGCCGUCUGGGUCUUCACAGGGAACAGCAAUGCUGACAGUGUGGUUCACCACAAGCUGCUGCACUCGGUGAAGGCUCGAUUCUUGCGCUUCAUCCCUCUGCAGUGGAGUGCUGGUGGGCGGAUAGGACUGAGGGUUGAGGUCUUCGGCUGCUCUUACAAAUCAGAUAUUGCAGACUUUGAUGGCAGAAGUUCACUUCUCUACAGGUUCAAUCAGAAGCUUAUGAGCACAUUCAAAGAUGUAGUUUCCUUGAAGUUCAAGAGCAUGCAGGGGGAUGGAGUCUUAUUCCAUGGAGAAGGACAGCGUGGAGACUACAUAACCUUGGAACUGCAGAAGGGGAAGCUCUCCUUGCACCUCAACCUGGGGGACUCCAACCUGCACUUCAGUAACAGCCACACGUCUGUCACCCUGGGAAGCCUCCUGGAUGACCAGCACUGGCACUCGGUUCUCAUAGAGCGCUUCAACAAGCAAGUGAACUUCACAGUGGACAAGCACACCCAGCACUUCCGAACCAAGGGGGAUUCAGAUCACUUGGAUAUUGAUUAUGAGCUCAGUUUUGGAGGGAUUCCUGUCCCAGGCAAGCCAGGAACUUUUCAGAGGAAAAAUUUCCACGGAUGCAUUGAGAACCUCUAUUACAACGGAGUCAAUAUAAUUGACCUGGCCAAAAGACGCAAACCUCAGAUCUAUACUGUGGGGAAUGUGACCUUUUCUUGCUCAGAACCACAAAUUGUUCCUAUUACCUUUGUGAGCUCCAGUCGAAGCUACUUGCUGCUCCCCGGCACUGCUCAAAUUGAUGGUUUGUCAGUCAGCUUCCAGUUCAGGACAUGGAAUAAAGAUGGCUUGCUUCUGUUCACUGAGCUGUCUGAAAACUCAGGACAUCUCUUGGUUUACCUCCAUGGUGGGAGAUUGAUGCUACUAAUUCAAAAGGAGACUGAGAACCCAGUGGAAAUCACUGAAGGCACCAGUCUCCACGACGGGCUCUGGCAUUCUGUAAACAUCAAUGCCCGGAGGCACCGCAUCACCCUGACGCUGGAUAACGACGCUGCCACCGCCAGCCAUGCAACCACUGUCUCCAGGAUCUACUCUGGGAACAGCUACUAUUUUGGAGGGUGCCCUGACAAUUUCACCGAUUCCCAAUGUUUAAAUCCCAUUACUGCUUUUCAAGGCUGUAUGAGGCUCAUCUUUAUUGAUAACCAGCCCAAGGACCUCAUUUUAGUUCAGCAAGGCUCCCUGGGGAAUUUUAGUGAUUUACACAUUGAUCUGUGUGGCAUCAAAGACAGGUGUUUACCCAACUACUGUGAACAUGGAGGGAAAUGCUCCCAGUCCUGGACCACCUUUUACUGUGACUGCAACAACACAGGCUACAUGGGAGCCACCUGUCACAACUCUGUCUAUGAGCAAUCCUGCGAGGCUUACCGACACCAAGGGAAGACAUCAGGUUUCUUCUACAUCGACUCUGAUGGAAGUGGGCCACUGGGACCUCUCCGUGUUUUUUGCAAUAUAACAGAAGAUAAGAUCUGGACUGCAGUGCAGCACAACAGCACAGGGCUGACCAGAGUGCAAGGAGCUGCUCCAGAGAAGCCCUACACCAUGUCCUUCAACUACAACAGCAGUGCAGAGCAGCUGGAGGCCGUGAUAAACAGUGCUGAGUACUGUGAGCAGGAGGCAUCCUACUACUGCAAAAAGUCACGGCUCCUCAACACCCCCAAUGGAAUGCCAUUUGCUUGGUGGGUUGGCCGUGCCAAUGAAAAGCACCUUUACUGGGGAGGAUCUCUUCCGGGCAUUCAACAGUGUGCAUGUGGAUUGGAAGAAAGUUGUCUGGAUAUGAGAUAUUUUUGCAACUGUGACGCAGAUAGAGAAGAAUGGACAAAUGAUACCGGCCUCCUUGCUUUCAAAGACCAUUUGCCUGUAACUCAGAUUGUGAUCACUGACACAAACAGAUCAAAUUCUGAGGCUGCUUGGAAAAUCGGCCCUUUGCGUUGCUAUGGAGACAGGCAGUUCUGGAAUGCUGCUUCCUUCAACACAGAGGCUUCCUACCUGCACUUCCCCACGCUCCACGCCGAGGUCAGCAUGGACAUCUCCUUCUUCUUCAAAACUGCCGCCGUGGCCGGGGUGUUCUUGGAAAACCUGGGCAUUAAAGACUUCAUACGGAUUGAAAUAAGCUCCCCCAAGGAGAUCACCUUCUCCAUAGACGUCGGGAGCGGCCCCGCGGAAGCCACGGUGCAGUCUCCCACGCCCCUGAACGACAACCAGUGGCACUACGUCCGGGCAGAGAGGAACCUCAAGCAGACCUCUCUGCAGGUGGACAGCCUCCCCAAGAAGGUCCUGGAGGCCCCUGCUGAGGGACAUUUCCGUCUGCAGCUCAACAGCCAGUUAUUUGUAGGGGGAACAGCUUCCAGACAGAAGGGCUUUUUGGGAUGUAUUCGAUCUCUGCGUUUAAAUGGACAGAAACUUGACCUGGAGGAGAGAGCUAAAAUGACACCUGGUGUUAAACCUGGAUGCCCAGGACAUUGCAGCAGUUAUGGGAAUCUGUGCCAUAAUGGAGGAAAAUGUGUGGAAAAGUAUAAUGGCUACUUCUGUGACUGCACCAACUCAGCCUAUGAAGGACCUUUCUGCAAGGAAGAGGUUUCUGCCUUAUUUGAAGCCGGCACUUCUGUUACUUAUACUUUCCAAGAACCUUAUCCUGUCACAAAAAAUGCAAGCACCUCAAGCUCUGCCAUUUAUGUGGAUGCUGUCUUGUCCAAGGAGAAUAUUGCAUUCAGCUUUCUCACAGCACACACUCCAAGCCUUCUGCUGUACAUCAACACCUACUUUCAUGAAUAUUUGGCCGUGAUUCUCUCCAAGAAUGGAAGUUUACAGGUCCGAUACAAGCUGAGUAAGGAUGGGCUCCUCAUUUUCACCAUUGACUCUGGAAAUUUUGCCAACCGAGAGCUGCACCAUGUGAAGAUUAACAGAGAAGGCAGAGAGCUGGUCAUUCAGGUUGAUCAAGUUCUCAAACUCAAACACAACUUCUCUGAGAUUGAUUUUAAGGCCAUUAAGUCACUCACCUUGGGCAAGGUCACAGACAGUUUGUCCCUGGACCCUGAAGUCUCCAAGGCGAAUGCCUACGGCUUCACAGGCUGCCUGUCCUCUGUCCAGUACAACCAGCUGGCCCCGCUGAAGGCUGCCCUGCGCCACGCCAGCGCCGCGCCCGUCACCGUCAGGGGCUCCCUGGCGCCGUCCAGCUGCGCCUCCGCGGCGGGUACGGACCUCAACACGGCCACCACCACGUACUCCUCAUCAGAUCCUUUUGGGAAGACAGAUGAAAGAGAACCUCUCACCAAUGCAGUCAGAAGUGAUUCAGCCGUGAUUGGAGGUGUAAUAGCAGUUGUGAUAUUCAUCAUAUUUUGCAUCAUUGCCAUCAUGAGCAGAUUCCUCUAUCAACACAAACAAGCACAUCGAAAUAGCCAGAAAAAGGAGAAGGAAUACCCAGAAAACCUUGAGAGCUCCUUUAAAGCUGACAUUGACUUGCAAAACACAGUGAGCGAGUGCAAACGGGAAUAUUUUAUCUGAUGGACAGUGCAAUUUCCUCUUACUCUUCCUCCCCUAACUCCUUUUCUUUAGUUCUUUCUCCCUCCCUUUUUUCUUUUUGAUUUUUCUUUACACUCAUUUUUUGCUAGCUUCUUUUUCAUUUGGAAAAGACCGCCCUGCACAGGAAACACUGAGAACAAUCACAGUGCCUCAUUCUCCGCACAGAGCCUGGCAAUCACAGUUUACUUCUGCAGCUCAAGAGACCUGUUAUCCCAUCCUACACAAAAUAAGAUCCACAUGCACACCUGGCUUCUGCUGUCAGUUCCUGGAUGUUCAAAGCCCCUGUAUUUAUUUGUUUGGUUUUUUUUUUCCUCUGGAGCCAUUUAAGUCAUUGCUUUUACACUAGAGCUGGACUAUGUAAAGUACAGGUAAAGUAGUUGAACACAUAACUCUGCAUAUACUGGGACAGGAUAGAGGGAAAGAAUGAGAUCAGAACACCUGAUUUAUUUCAUGGGCUCCUUUACAACAAUCAUAAAGAACCAGCCAGAUUCUCAAAUAUUGUUAAUUGAUACAUUGUUUAUUGAUUUGAAUGGUGUUAAAUUAAUUUGUACCAGUUGAAAAACUGGUAUGACAUAAAGGAAAAUAAAAACUGUCCUCAUUAAGCUCCUUCCCCCAAACUCCUGUCCUUUUACUGUAACUUUUAGGCUUCUCAGUACUUUUCCAACAAUAUAUGUAUCAACAAUAAAUAUCAUUCCCAUGCACCUCUUUCACCUCCAUCUCAUAAGGCUGGCUAUGUAGACCCAACAUACACUAGUAUAACCCUAGCUGAAGCAUGGAAAAUAGUAGCUUGGAUCUCCAAGGGGUUUAGGAAGCUGCUAGGACUUAGGUGCUCUAGAUUUGUCUGAAAUGUUAGAAAUGAGCAUAUGCCUGUUCAUGCCACAUGGAGGAUUAUCACACACUGAGGUUAAACGCUGUUGCCACUGUGGAAAAGAAAAAGAACAUAGAUGAGGAAAAAAACAAAAUUGUUUGAUCUUAAACAUGACUCACACCUUCUGCCAGCUUUUCUAAAAAAAAACCAGAAAAUAAAUUCUACUACUCAAAAAAACCUCCCAAAACUGCAUGAAAGAUUGAUUGGUGUUUCCUGUUUGUAGAAAUUGGAAUAAUUUCUCCAAAGCUAAAUAGAGAGAGGUCUGAUGUCAUGUCUAAAAAGAGGACUAUUUGAUAAACUCACUUUACAAGGAAGAACAUUAGGAAAACAAAGAAAUCCCAAACACUCUACUUCAAUUUAAUCUUCAGUUCUUUUUUUUCAAGUCUUCUGUCCUUUCCUGAUUGGGAACACUACUGAAGAAUCAAGUUCUGCCCAUUUUAUUUGUGCUGCAUGGUUACAGUGUGAGGAUGAAAAACCUCCUUUUCAUUCACAAAAAAAAGUAAGAAAUGAAGGAGUCCCAGCCAGUGAGGUUUUGAAUCCCCUGUUGUGUCUGUGUGACAUCUGCCUUUUCAGGGCUUCUAAAGAGUAUAUAUGCUGGUGGUAGAAUUAAGCCUAAAGUUUAGGGGGAAAAAAGUCAUUCAUUGUAGUACUCUUGAUAAUAAUUAAUUUGAGACAAUUGUGCAGCUAAAUCUCCUUCUUUGCCCUAACCCUGUGCAGUCAUCCUUGGGUUUCCACAACAGUGAUCCUUUUUACAUAGAUUAAAAAUUGAAGAUUCCCAGCAUGAGGUAAUAAUCCACAGCAAACUAGAGAUGAGCUUAUAUGUACAACAGAUACUGUUUUUCUAGGCAGUCCAUUGGGAAGGUAUAUAGGUGUUUAUUUGUUUGACUUUUGUUUGAGUUUUUUUUAAUGAGAGGAGAGAGCAGACAAGGAAGAACAAAUAAAUAAAUGACUGUUUGGAUAUGGUGACUCUUUACCAUUUCUUUUGGAGCAUGCAGAGAAGAGAAAGCAGUC